UUUUAUAGGUAAGUGUUGUACUUGAUGAGGCCUCGGUGCCCAUUUUUUUAGAGCCUCGCUCAGGUAUUGGUUUUUGCAAGCCGGGCUGGUCACAUGUGGUAGGGAGUACCAAGACAUCUUUCUCUUACACUGGAACCACCUCUCUUUGUUUGUUCUAGGUUCAAAGAUGCAUCAUCAAUCUUCACCCUAGGGACAUUAGCAGCUAGGCUUUUAGUUUUGAAGAUGCCUAGAUCAGAAAAGACUGAUUUUUGAACUUGGUUGUAAUUCACAUUUCUUAAACCCUCUUUGGAAAGGUCACAUCUUGCAGAGAUACCAGGAGAAACCCACUUUGGGAACACACCGAUUUGUUACAGAAACCGUGUUUUUGAGCUUUCAAGUUGAACCGAAGUUAGAAAGUUUCGACCUUUCUUAGGAAUUAAAUAAGGAUUGAGGUUUUGAACUGAUCAGAAUAUUGCUUCUUCUUUUUUCCUGUUUAUUGGCCUGAAGAUAGCAAGUUAUGGGGGAGGAUGAGAAGUUGGAAGCCUGUAAUAAGGUUGUGGAGGAAGAAAAUGAACAAAAAGGAGGGUUGUUUGACUUUUUUUGGGCACCGAUUUAUUGGUUCAAGAUGCUUGCUAAUGAGACACAUUGGAGUUUUGUAUUUGGUGUGUUGGCUGUGUAUGGUGUAAACCAAGGACUAGGUGGAGCUUUUAAUCGUGUUGGCACUGACUAUUACAUGAAGGAUGUUCAAAAGGUACAGCCUUCUGAAUCACAGAUUUAUCAAGGAAUCAUUUCAAUUCCAUGGCUUGUCAAGCCCCUCUGGGGCCUCGUCACUGAUUUUCUUCCAAUUUUCGGGUACCGGAGGCGGCCUUAUUUAAUCUUCGCUGGAUUGCUUGGCACCUUCUCCAUGCUCUUGUUGUCGUUCCAUGAGAACCUCCAUAUUGUAUUUGCUCUGUUGUCAAUGACGGCUGGAAGUACUGGUGCAGCAAUAGCAGAUGUAACCAUUGAUGCCUGUGUGGUUCAGAAUAGUAAUAUUCGUCCAUCCCUUGCUGCUGAUAUGCAAAGCUUGUGUGCUCUCAGUUCAUCCAUUGGAGCAUUAAUGGGAUUCUCUCUCAGUGGUAUUUUUGUCCACCUGAUUGGCCCCAAGGGGGUUUUCGGUUUGCUAUCAAUUCCUUAUGGACUUGUAUUUUUAGUUGGAAUUUUGCUUGAUGAGCCCUUCAAGCCUAACUUCUCUUAUAGACAGGUAAACCAGAAGAUUUUGGAUGCCAGCAAGGCAAUGUGGAGAACACUGAAAUUCCCGGAUGUGUGGAGGCCAUGUGUAUAUAUGUACUUAUCCCUUGCAUUGAGCAUAAAUAUCCAUGAAGGGUUGUUCUACUGGUGUACAGACUCAAAGGAUGGUCCAUCUUUCUCACAGGAGAAUGUUGGUUUCAUAUUCUCGAUUGGUUCGAUCGGAUCCCUCUUGGGAGCAUUACUCUAUCAAAAUGUCCUGAAGGAUCAUCCAUUUCGAAGCUUGCUUUUCUGGACUCAAUUGCUAUUUGGUCUGUCCGGAAUGCUUGAUUUGAUGCUGGUGCUGCGUUUGAACUUGAAAUUCGGCAUGCCAGAUUAUUUCUUCGUUGUCAUUGAUGAGAGUGUCUCUCAGAUGAUUAACAGGCUAAAAUGGAUGCCGCUUCUUGUGCUCAGUUCCAAGCUUUGUCCCCCUGGCAUUGAAGGCACUUUCUUUGCCCUACUAAUGUCAAUUGAUAACAUCGGAGAUCUCUCAUCUCAAUGGGGUGGAGGCGUAAUUCUUCAUUUGCUGAACGUUACCCGGACAAGAUUUGAUAAUCUUUGGCUUGCCAUUUUGACCCGGAACAUAUUGCGAAUCACUCCACUUUGUCUAUUAUUUCUGAUUCCCAGCGGUGAUCCAAAUGCUUCAGUACUUUCAACUGACAUCUUAGGUGCAAAAGAGGAGGCUGAAACUCCUGAAAAUGAGAAUAUCGAAUUGGUGUCCCUUGUAAGCAGUGUUGAUGGCAAAUAGCUUUGACAAGAUUGUUCAAACAAAACAUUUUCAAGUUUUCUUAGUUUAAAUAUAGAGUUCUAUGCUAAAAUCUCUCAGGAUCACCCAAGGUUGAUGGCCAUCUGCAGCAAGAAACCAGCACGAGCGGCGCUUAUCUUUUCCCAUCUUCUUUACAUGAUUCUUUGUACAUCAUUGUUCAACAUCAUAUGCUUGAGUUCAUCAGAAAAAGUGCCUGGAUGGGCAUAUAAAGAACGUUGUUUUUUUUU